UGACUGACUGAGCCCCCCAGGUGCCCCUGUGCAGAGAUGUUUCGAUGGGAUUAUUAUAGUGAUAAAUUGCAAGCAACCUAAGUAUGUAGCAGCUCAAGAACGAUUAAGGAACCAGUGGCACAUACAUUCAUAAUUACGAAAAAUGCACAUGAAGCUUUAAAAAAAUACCUAAAAUACGUGUUUAUGUGCAGUAUAAGCAGAAUACGAAAUUCUAAAGGCCACAGGAUUUAAUGAUGCAAAACCGUUGAAGUAAAAGUGUGCAGGAGAGUGUGGCUUCUCAGGAGUGGCAGACUUCGUCACUUGAUCAUGCAAGCCACGGUGGCUUGCGACUCUGGCACCAGAGGCCAGACUGUUGGAGACAGAAGCAGGGCGUCAGACUUGAGAGCUGCAGUGGAGGAAGUUCCAGAUACUGGAAAUCCGGAGUUGAUCAUUUUCUGUGACAAAGCCAGCCACCACUAUUAAGUCUGUUUUCAAAUGGGAAAACAGAAAGCAGUUUUCUGUGUCCUAGAUCAGUGCGUGAUCUGGAGAGCCCUUGCUGUGGGUGGCGGAGCUGGGGGUGCAGGCCCGUGGGUCGUGUGUGUGUGCCCGUCAGUGGGGUGGGCUGGCCUGGGGGAAGCCCCCUCGCUGCCUGCACAGGGACUUCACUGUCAGAUGAGCUUGGUAACGUUGGCCUUGGCCUGGCGUGUUGGCUUUAGGGAGCCUGGUGAGGUGCUUGGCCUUAAGGAGGUUUUCAGGGUUGUCAGGGAGAGCAUGUAGAAGCACUUGGGGCAUUAGGCAUCACUGGGGUCACUGUGUUGUUUGCAAACAGGCAUCCCCUUGAGGGUUACCUGGGAGAGCUACAGUCGGGUGACAGGAAGCUGUAAUGAAAUGUGUCUGUGGCUUGCCUAAGCUUGGUGGAUUUUAGCAGUGAAAGCACAUGAGCUGCACCUGCAGGAUCGUUAAGACCUCUUUCCGGCAGAGCUGAGAGAAGCUCCCAGACAGAGGGAAAGCUCUGGAGAUUGGUCCUUUAGGGGGUGAGGAGUUUCCUCAGUCAUCAUUAGAGAAGGAGAUUUCUUAAAUAUGUCCAUCUGUGGAGACAGGUCCUCAUGACCUUACGUGUUCAGUGGUACUGACUCAUUUUUCAGGUUCUGUCGAACGCUUUUAUCGAGGGCAUUAUGUCGGUAUUCUUUUAUGUACAGGAACAGCGAGUAGAGAACUACUUCUCACGCCAGGGGUCGUGAAAAGGCAGGGUAGCUUUUUCUUUUGAAACAUUGCAGUUAUGGCAGGUGGCAAUCACUAGCUUUAAUAAAUGUACAGUUAUAGGUGUGCAUUUUUCAUAAAACGCUGUAGCAACUUCCAUGGGCCUUUACUGUGCUCUUGGCGCCUUGUGUCGCUUGGGGCCUCUGCACCUGGGCCAGGGGAGAUCGGAGACCGCCGGCCCAGCAUCUUACGCUCCCGUAGACCAGCACUGACCCCAGGCCCUUGUUUUGCUGCUUCUCCUUUUCCUUCUGCUUCCCGAGAUUAACCAACACCUUAACCGAGAUGGCUUUUCAGUUCUUCCCUCCUGAUACUGGAGUCCUGGAACAAGUAGCACUACGUGGGAGUCCGGGUUUGGGCUGGAAGGCUGCAGUGCGUGGUUUGUAAGAUUUCUUCUACCUUAAGUCAGGAUACUCUUGAGUGUCACACCCUGUAAAAUCCGCACACUCCCCACCCCCACCUCCACCAUACUGCCUUUCUUAAACAGACCCAUAGACAUGUGCUGUCCCAGGUGGGAUGUGGCAGAGCCAGGAUUUGCACCCAGGUCUGCUGGGCGCCCAAGGUUGGCUCUUCACUCACCCCUGUUCGCUAAGCCUGGCUUCUUGCCCUGACCUGUAUCGUCGUCGACCCAGAGCUUUUGCUGCAGCUGUUGCAUCGUAAACCUUUAGUGUCUGGAAGAAAUCUAUCCUAAGACCUUAUGGAUCCCCAAAUUUAGAAAUACAGUAAUAUAACGUCUUUCAAAAGGCACAAUAACAUUAAACUUUGAUCUGGCACCUCCAGACUCUUUUGAGAGUUGGUUACUAAGAACAUGCAGACAUGAGCAAGCUCUGUUCAAUCAGUAAUUUCCAGUGCGAGUGGGUCCUUGGGGCUGAGGGUGUGGAGCUGGGGGAAGGGGGCUUGGAAUUGCUUCCUCCAGCAGCGCGGCCAGCCCGUUCCUUCCUCUCCUCUCCCCAGAGGCUCACGUCCUGUCUUACAAUCUGUUUUUUGAAAAUGUAAGUACAGUUUAAUAGACUGGGUUGGGAGGAAAUGGUCAGGGAUAAUGUUUUCCUUGUGUGGUGGGGCCGAUGAGGUGGGGGGGUUAUUUCCUACUGUCUGAUCCGUUACUGUCCCAGGGGCAUGCUUAAGAACAAACCAGGGUUGUGUUUCUAUAAGUAGGUUUUAGUUCAUGCUGAUCUUUCAUUUUGAUCAAAUCUCUAAGAAAAUGUUAUGCUUCUUAGGUAAAUUAGUUCUUUAUUUUUAAAGGACUCAGUGACUUGAAGUAUGAAACCUACCAAAAUUUGCGGUGAAUCAGUGAUACUAAGUGCUCUGUGAACGGUGGUGGUAACAAAGUGAGUUUCUGUGUCUGUAAGGUAGUGAGCUCAGUCUUUGUUUUGCUCUACUGCACCAGCUGACAGUUCAGGGAUUGUCUGUGUGGCCUGCCCGGUGCCCUCCUCCUGUGUGGCCCCAUUGUCUGACGGCUGGGCUCUCCACGCCUCAUGCCUGAGGGAGAGCUGGCGCUGGCGCUGGUGGAGCCCCGCCAUCCUCAUGGCUGCUGUGGGACGCAGGCCACUCCUGCUGUGAGCCCUGCCUGCGCUCUCUGGGGCAGCCUGCGUGUGAUGGAGCUCUGCAGCGCGGCUGGGAAGUCACAUGGGGUCCUGCAGCAGCCAGAGCGUGCAGAAGUCCAGAAGGGGGAGACAGGUGCUACAGAAUAUUUUGGAAACAGAAAAUGAAUAUUCUAAAGAACUUCAGACUGUGCUUUCAACCUAUCUACGGCCUUUGCAGACCAGUGAGAAGUUAAGUUCAGCAAACACUUCAUAUUUAAUGGGAAAUCUAGAAGAAAUAUGUUCUUUCCAGCAAAUGCUUGUACAGUCUUUAGAAGAAUGCACCAAGUUGCCAGAAGCUCAGCAGAGAGUUGGAGGAUGCUUUUUAAAUCUGAUGCCACAAAUGAAAACCUUGUACCUUGCGUACUGUGCCAACCACCCAUCUGCAGUGAAUGUUCUCACAGAGCACAGCGAGCAGCUGGGAGAGUUCAUGGAGACCAGAGGCGCAAGCAGCCCGGGGAUCCUGGUGCUGACCACCGGCCUCAGCAGACCGUUCAUGCGCCUGGACAAGUACCCCACGCUGCUCAAGGAGCUGGAGAGACACAUGGAGGAUUAUCAUCCAGAUAGACAAGAUAUUCAGAAAUCCAUGACUGCCUUCAAAAAUCUCUCGGCCCAGUGUCAGGAAGUACGGAAAAGGAAGGAACUAGAAUUGCAGAUUCUGACGGAGGCCAUCCGGAGCUGGGAGGGAGAUGACAUCACGACCCUGGGCAGCGUUGUGUACAUGUCCCAGGUCAUGGUUCAGUGCGCCGGGAGUGAGGAAAAGAAUGAGAGAUACCUUCUGCUCUUCCCAAAUAUUUUGCUAAUGUUGUCUGCCAGUCCUAGGAUGAGUGGUUUUAUCUAUCAGGGAAAGCUACCAACGACAGGAAUGACAAUCACAAAGCUUGAGGACAGUGAAAAUCAUAGAAAUGCAUUUGAAAUAUCAGGGAGCAUGAUUGAGCGGAUCUUAGUGUCCUGCAACAACCAGCAGGAUCUCCAUGAGUGGGUGGACCACCUACAGAAGCAGACGAAGGUCACCUCUGUUGGCAACCCCACCGUCAAACCGCAUUCUGUGCCGUCUCACACCCUCCCCUCCCAUCCGAUCGCCCCAUCCAGCAAGCACGCGGACAGCAAGCCAGUACCCCUGACGCCUGCCUACCACACGCUGCCCCACCCCUCCCACCAUGGCACUCCGCACACCACCAUCAACUGGGGGCCCCUGGAGCCUCCGAAGACCCCCAAGCCGUGGAGCCUGAGCUGCCUGCGACCCGCACCCCCCCUGCGGCCCUCGGCUGCACUCUGCUACAAGGAGGAUCUUAGUAAGAGUCCCAAGACCAUGAAAAAGUUGCUACCUAAGCGCAAGCCUGAGCGGAAGCCUUCCGACGAAGAGUUUGCACUGCGGAAAAGCACGGCCGCUUUGGAAGAAGACGCGCAGAUUCUGAAAGUCAUCGAGGCUUACUGCACAAGCGCGAAAACGCGGCAAACGCUCAACUCAACAUGGCAAGGCACUGACCUGAUGCAUAAUCACGUCUUGGCUGACGACGACCAAUCAAGUCUAGACUCCUUGGGUCGUCGCAGUAGCCUUUCCCGUCUGGAGCCUUCAGACCUCUCGGAAGACUCUGACUAUGACAGUAUAUGGACAGCCCAUAGUUACAGAAUGGGUUCUACAUCUCGUUCACGCAAAGAGUCUGCUCCACAAGUUUUGCUUCCAGAGGAAGAGAAGAUGAUAGUUGAAGAAACCAAGAGUAAUGGUCAGACGGUGAUCGAGGAGAAGAGCCUUGUUGACACGGUCUAUGCGUUAAAGGAUGAAGUCCAGGAGUUGAGACAGGUGAGUCCUAGCCAGCUCUUUAAUCUUGUAAUGGGGUCAGAGGAAAGCACCGUGUGAAAAGCGAGGCCAUCU